CCCCGCCCCGCGGCCAUCUUGGCGGCGGGAGGCGGCGCCGCAGGACGGGACGGAAGUGCCUGUGCAGUUUCCCGGAUCCCGAGCUGAGCUCUGGCGGCCGCCCUGCCCGCCAUCCCCCUUCCGCAGCCGUGAGGGAGACCGCGGCUCGGCUGCAGCGGAGCUGCGAGUUACAGAAUGUCUGAAGGGGACAGUGUUGGAGACUCUGUCCAUGGGAAGCCCUCGGUGGUGUACAGAUUUUUCACACGCCUGGGACAGAUCUAUCAGUCCUGGCUGGACAAAUCUACCCCCUACACAGCCGUCCGGUGGGUUGUGACACUGGGCCUGAGUUUUGUCUACAUGAUUAGAGUCUACCUGUUACAAGGUUGGUACAUUGUGACCUACGCCUUGGGAAUUUACCACCUAAACCUUUUCAUAGCGUUCCUUUCUCCCAAAGUGGACCCUUCCCUGAUGGAGGAUUCAGAUGAUGGCCCUUCAUUACCAACCAAACAGAAUGAGGAGUUUCGUCCCUUCAUUCGAAGGCUCCCAGAAUUCAAAUUUUGGCACGCAGCCACAAAAGGCAUUCUUGUGGCUAUGGUCUGCACCUUCUUUGAGGCUUUCAACGUGCCUGUGUUCUGGCCGAUCCUGGUGAUGUACUUCAUCAUGCUUUUCUGUAUCACAAUGAAGAGGCAAAUAAAGCACAUGAUUAAAUACCGGUACAUACCAUUCACACACGGAAAGAGGAGAUACAAAGGGAAAGAGGACGUGGGCAAGACAUUUGCUAGUUAGAAGCCGGACUGAAUCUGUCACACGUAUUCGAGAACGGUUUUGAGCCAUUGUAACAAUGCCUUUUUCUUCACAUAAAGUAGUUGAUUAUGAGGAAGUUGAAUUUUCUUUUUAAGAGGAGCCUCAAUGAUUUGUAUCUGAAAUUUCAGGUUCUUGAAGAAACUGGCAUUUAAACCAAAUUGCAUUGACUUCUUCAGUGUUCAUGUGUUUGGAAUGGACAGAAUUGUAGUGAGCCAUUGGCUCGGGAGACCAGGUGGGUGGCAGCCCAAGAGAGCAGGAGGGAGAAUGGGAGUGCAGCCUUCAGGAGCUGCCUUCCUGACCACGCCGAGGCCACUUCCUCUGUGCCAGAGGGACAAGCCAGCCUGCUUCCUAGUGUGGACAGGGAUGUAACACUUUGGGGGUGAUUUUCACAUAGCUCUGUGGGGUUCUCAUGCCAGUUUCUGAACCUCAUCUUACUAGAGAUGAUUUUCAAGUUGGCCUCUAUCAUAAUGACUCAGAACCUUGUUCUUAACUACCAUGAUUGCUUUUGAGGGCCUGGAAUUAUAAAUAUAUAUUAUAUUUUAAUUGUUUGAGACUAUUUUGAUGCUUUCCUUUGAUACAUAACAUAUUUUGCUUUUAAUUAAUUUAAAUUUGUUCUCAUGCAACAACCCUCUUCAAGGAAACAGCACUGGCCAGAGCACACCAGGUUUGGGCUUUAUUGCAUGGCCUUUUACUUUCUAUGGGGAAAACAGAACCCACCAUGUGUCAAACUUUUUGAUGUGAUAAAAAUAAUACUCUUUAAACAUUUUACUAAGUGACUUUUAAAUCCCAACUUUAUUAAAGAAAGUGUCCCUUG